GCUCACAGCCCGGCCUCUUCCGCUGCUUGCGGGAACAUGGCGCAGGGACAGCGCAAGUUCCAGGCUCACAAGCCAGCAAAGAGCAAGACGGCAGCGGCGGCCUCUGAAAAGAAUCGGGGCCCGAGGAAAGGCGGUCGUGUUAUCGCUCCCAAGAAGGCGCGCGUCGUGCAGCAGCAGAAGCUCAAGAAGAACCUAGAAGUUGGGAUCCGGAAGAAGAUCGAACAUGAUGUGAUGAUGAAAGCCAGCUGCCUGCCCAAGAAGCUGGCACUGCUGAAGGCUCCGGCCAAGAACAGGGCAGCUGCUACCACCUCCUCCAACAAGGCACCUUCCUGAGGACGCUGGCCCAGCGCAGGCCAACACCCUACCCCCACCUCCACGAUGGGACAUUGAUCCCACAAGCUGCAGUCUCAGGAAGAGGACCCUGUCCCCCAGCUCUGGGCCUCACCUAGAACUUCAGUGGGGACCUGGCCCAUGGGCAGGUGAUCAGCAGGUCUUAGCAUACUGAGAACUGUCCCCAUGCCCCUUCCCAGGUCCUGCCUCCACAGGUUUAACCCAGAGCAAUAAACCUGACUUUGUCGUA